CUUUGACGAAAGGUGGUUAGUGUACUUUUUUAACAUAUGUAUUUUUUCUGAAGUAUAUCAGCUCUUUAAGUGCAGAUCUAAACACUCUUAAGAGAAAAUUCUUUUUACAUACACACACUGUGUGUUGCAGUUAGAGUCCAGCACUACUGCCCUGUCUUUGAAGCGCCACCGAUUUUUUUUCGUAGUGUGUGAAUGCAGAAAGAUGGCAGAGGCGCGUAGUUUGGCAGACCAGUUUUCUGGGGACCUGUACAAAUGUCCAAUCUGUUUGAAUCUCCUGAAGGAUCCAGUGACUAUCCCCUGUGGUCGCAGUUUUUGUAAGGUGUGUAUUAAUGCCUUCUGGCAUCAGGAAGUCAUCUACUGCUGUCCUCAGUGCAGAAGAACUUUCACACCAAGGCCCGUUCUAUGCAGUAACAACUUGCUGGCUGGGAAACUGAAAAACAUCUGCCAUCCCCAUAACAAUGAAGAACAGUCCUUAUCAAAGAGCGAGUUAAACAAGGAUCAGAUGAAAUUCCAGCAGAGAAUCCAGGAGAUGCAGAAGGUGGUGCAGGAGCUGCAACAGGCUGUGGACACUAUAAAGGAGGAGGCUGAACUGAUUCGAGCCGAACGACUCCUGGAGCAACUGGAGGAGGAGAUUGCUGAUCUUCAGAGGAGAUUCACUGAGCUGGUGCAGAGUUUCCAGUCUCUCUGUGUCUCCUCUGGACGUGACGACUCAUCCAGCAUCACUGUCAGUCAACGUCUCUCAUUUGAUGCAUUAAGGAAAUCUCUCUCUGAUCUGAAAAAGAGACUCGAGGAAAUCCACAAGGAGAAAUACAUCAAAAUCCCUGAACGUGUUGUACCCUCAGAACCAAGCAGAGAGUACUUUCUUAACUAUUUCUGUUAUCUGACUCUGGAUGAAAACACAGCACACCGCUUUCUCAUUCUGUCUGAGAAGGACAAAGUGGUGACAGACAGUAGGAAACAUCAGCCAUACUCUGAUCAUCCAGAGAGAUUUGUCGACUACUGUCAGGUGUUGAGUAAGGAGACUUUGUCUGGACGCUGUUACUGGGAGGUGGAGUGGAGCAGUGAGGAGUGUGUGUACAUAGCAGUCUCAUAUAAAAGCAUCAGAAGGAAAGGUCGGGGUGAUGAGGGUUGGUUUGGAGGCAACAAUAAGUCCUGGGGUCUGAGAUGUUCUCCUUCUUCUCUGUCUUUCCGGCACAACAACAUUAAUACUGAUCUCAGUGGUCCAUCAUCCUCCAGAAUAGGAGUGUAUGUGGAUCACAGUGCAGGAACUCUGUCCUUCUACAGCGUCUCUGACACCAUGAAGCUCCUCCACAGAGUCCACACCACAUUCACUCAGCCUCUAUACGCUGGGUUCUGGCUGCGCUGUUAUGGAUCAACUGUAAGGUUAUGUGAGCCAAAAGAAAUGUGAAAAUGAAACAAUAAAACUACAUCAAUCAUAGAAUAUAUAUAUAUAUAUACACACACACUGCUCAAAAAAAUUAAA